UCAACGUGAACAACUCAUACAAACGGCUUACUACGCUAAAGAGAAGAAAGCAGGCUGCUCUUAUUUUAUUUAUGGUUUUGGUCGCACUGUCCAUUUCACUUUCUUUUUUUUUUAAUUCCUGAUUAUAUCAGCGAAAACAACGGACAUAUUUAACACCAUAUAUUAUAUUUACGCAGAAAUUCUCUUUUCUGUUUUUCUCAGUUUAAAACGAUUCAUUGUCCGGCUAAAUAAUUUCAUUUUCUACCCUUUAACCGUAUCUGCUAUUUAUUUUUUCUUUCUUCAGUUGUCCCAAAAUCACGAAGUGCUAUUCAUGUAUAUAUACAUACAUAUUCUCAUAUCAUCGUCAAAGUAUAAAGGGAAGGAAGUAUUUUAUUAAUAUUGGUUAUUUUGCUUUCUUUUCUUCCUUCUACAUCGUGGGCGUUCGCUUAUUCUUUUUCUUUCCUAACGAUUUCUUCACUUUCUGUGUUUGUUAUUGUUUCCAAAACAUCGCUUAAUUUAAAGUUAUAAAGAUAUAUUGGUAUUAUUUCUGAGUGAUAACAAGCUAAAAGAAUCCAACCCCUCAUAUACACAUACACUAUUAACAUUACUAACACAAAAAGAAAAGAAGAUAAUCUACAAGAAUUAUAAAUAUAACAUAUAUACAUUAUAUAAGUGGGUAGCUAGAUAUCACUAGCAACGAACAGAGAAAUUACGAAAAGAGACUGCAACAAUGUCGCUUCAAAACAAUGGCACUAACCGACAACUUGCACAACCUGCCAGAAUACUUAAGGAGAAUACAUUAAUCAAUGAUGAAAACCGGGUCCCAACUGAAAACGAUGCAGUGUCUCGUUUCGGUCGAAACCAAAAGAAACGAGAAGUCCUCGGUGAACUCGGCCGUGCUGUCGGCAGCGAUCUGAAUGUCUAUUUGGACAAAAAUGUACCGGUAACUCAACAACGAAAGCGCCCGUUGAGAAAUGCAAAGCUUGGGUCUGUUUCUGGACAAGAUGAAAACGAUUUUCAACAGAAGUACAAAGUUACCGACUAUGAUCACAUACCUCGCAAGUCAGGCUUCAAAAUACACGUGGACAAUGAAGAGAACUCGGAAUCUGCCGGAGAUAUGUCCUUCUCUAAGGAGGAUUUGGCUGUUGAGGGCAAGCUUGAGAUGCAUGCUGCAGUCACUGCACUUCCGAAACAGCCCUUUGACCGUCUCGAACAAAGUUAUGGAAUGGAUUUGGAGUCUCCCAUGGUUCUUGAUACAAGCCUAGAUCAAUCAAGUAUCUGUGACACUAAAGAAGUCGUACAUUCUCUUUCACCCUAUGAUACUUAUAAAAAUGACAUUUUCCAAUACAUUCGAGAGUCUGAGGAGAAAAACCGUCCCAGACCAACAUAUAUGAAUAAACAGACAGAUAUUACUCACAGUAUGCGUAGCAUUCUUGUGGACUGGUUGGUUGAAGUGACUGAAGAAUACAAAUUGCUCUCAGAUACAUUAUUUCUGGCUGUGAAUUAUAUUGACCGAUUUCUCUCUGUGAUGGCUGUCAAUCGAGGAAAACUACAGUUGUUGGGGACUGCAUGUAUGUUCAUUGCAUCGAAAUUUGAAGAAAUUGAAGCACCAGAUCUUGGAGAAUUUGUUUAUAUCACAGAUGACACUUACACUCGUAAUCAGGUUUUGAAAAUGGAGCAACUGAUUUUGAAGGUUUUGUCAUUCACUGUUGCUGUUCCUACUGCCACAACAUUCUUGGACCACUAUUUUCAUGAAGCUACACUGGACAAGAAACAGUUUCAGUAUUUGGCUAGAUUUCUUCUUGAGUUGACCUUGCUGGAUGCUGAUCCUUACCUCCAGUAUAAACCUAGCAUCAUUGCUGCUGCUGCUUUCUUCCUCGCUGCCAAAACUUUGGGCUGUGAAGUAUCUUGGGUUGGUGAACUUGAGCAGCUAACUGGGUAUUCUGUGUCAGACUUCCAAUCGUGUGUGAAACUGUUGUAUGUAACUCACAAAUCUGCAAGCAAGCAUGCACAACAGGCAAUUUAUUUAAAAUACAGUUCCGACAAGUUCUUGAAGGUGGCAACAAUUCCUCCAUUACAGAUAAAAAAUUUCAAGGUCUCUUAAGAAAAAAAAAUUAGAAAAGAAAAGAGAAAAGUAAUUUUUUCUACUCUCCACAUCAGUUUCAUUUCUUUUUGAAUUUGUAGAAAAAGUAUGAAGAAACAAGACUGAAUAUAGUUUCUUCUGUUCCCAAGAAUAUAUAUUCUUGCAUACGAUGCGAAAGUGAUUUGAUAUCAAAGUGUAAAAUGUGAACUUGUAAGACCAAGGUAGACCAUGCCAGUUAGUCUUCUCUUCUGUCUACUGAAGAAAUCUGAAUUUUUAGUCUAUUUUAAUGCAGAAACGAGAAAGCCUUUUUUUUUUUUUAAAUUCCUCCCCUUCAUUUCAAAUUAAAAGAAGUUUUCAAAACUUGUACAUAUUUUCUAUGAAGGGUAAAUCAUGUAUGAACACAGAAAAAGAUGACUUUUAAUAUUCAUUGUGUAGUAAUAUGUGGUUUGUAUGUGUGUUUGUGAUGUGCGAGGGUGUAUGAUAAGUGCAGGAGUGUGUAUAUGUGACUGUGUGUGUGUGUGUAUGAUAUUGCAUAAUGUCAUGAACAUAAUGUAAAUGUAUAUACACAAGCUCUAGGUUAUUAUCUGUAUAUAGUUCUUAAAUGUGUAUAGUAUAGCCAUUUGGAUGUAUGUAUAUUUAAUAUAUGUAAGCAUGUUUUAAUAGUGUUAAUAAUUUACAAAAAGAAGUCUAUCAUGUAUAUUAGGUGUGUUUUAAAUAUCUUUUGUUCUGGGUGUCUAAGUUGAAUAUAUAUAUAUAUAGUUUAUGUGUAGUAAUGAUGGUGGCCUGUGGUUACUCGACUCACUUGGUCUUUGUUGUUAAAUGAGAUCCAAACCCUCUUGGAUCUUCUGGUACAGCUCUUGGGAGGCAGCUUUUUUGUUAUAAAACCUGUAAUUGUCACUUUGUAUGUACUCAUAUUGUAUAAUUUUCUUUUUCCCAAAAUUUCUUGCUCUCAUCUCUCAUUCUGAUCUUCCAUGUGAGGGUUUUCUUUCUUAUUUUUGUUUUUACUUUUUUAAACGAGCUAAUUUACUAAAAUGUUGGUAAGAAUUGGGCAGCACUUUGGAGAAUUCUGAGUUUGCGUAAAUCUCUGUAGAGUAGGAAGUGAAGAAGAUAGCUAGUGGCAAUUAAAUAAAAAAAAUUAGAGAAGCUGCUUUAGUGCAGCUUAACUUGGAGGUUCAAAUUGACCUAUGCACCAGUCCUGUGGUUGUACUUUCCUGUUUAGCAUUAACUGAUUUUUUUUUGUUUUUUUUUUGUAGGGUAUAAUUAAGACAAUGGAUUUUUUAAUUUUUUUAUUAAGGUAGAUUUGGAUCAGAAGUUGGGGUUUUUGCCAGGUGGGUGUAGUGUUAUCUAGAAAAUUGCAGUCCUUUCAUGGCAAAGUCACUGAAGUGUCAGCCCCUGCAGUGAAAGCUGUCGAUUUGUAUCGUGACACUAACACAUCAUAAUCCUGUGUCGUGUAUGGGAUUCCUACUCCCAGGAGUUUGCUGGUAGAGUAGUCAGAAGUACAUAACCGAGUAGUUUGUCUUUACUCUUACCUCUGGUUUAAGAUGUAACAAAGGAAGAAAAUCCUCGUGAGAAUGUGUGCGAAUACCUGCCUUGUGUUUUUAUAUUUGUCCACUUUCUUGAGUUUUCAGAUUAGCUCUGCCUUUCUAUUAUGCCUUAAUUUCUGGACUCCACCGAAAUCACACCAUUUUUCAAAUGAAGUAAAUGGUGGUAUCGCUAUCUAAAAUUUAUAUAAGCUAUUUGUAAAUAAAUUUUAAAAAUACAUAACUGGCUAAUUUGUAUUAAUUUCUAAAAAUUUUUUAAAAACCAAAUGAUUUGAUCCUUAGGUAAUUUUCAUUGAGUCUGUGGUCUUUUGAAAACCAAGGGAUCUGGAUUUUUGCAUCCGUUUCCACUGGGUUUCAGUGUGGAGUUUGCCCUUCCUCUGAUUAAGGUAUAAAAAUUCUUUAAAAACCAUAUCCAAAUUAAAGCUGAUUUAUUAUUUUCUCUUUGUAUACAUGUUUCUGUGUUUAAUGUGCUACCAUGCAUUAAAAUCUUUCUAAAUUUGAAAGCCCCACUAAUGCUAACUUCAACUUUUCGUUUUUCUUCUCUUUCGUAGUUAAAUGCUAUAAUAUAAUUUUCUAAAAGAAAUAAUAGUCGGAAAUUGAUUUCACACACUCUGCUUUUUUCCUUAUUCCUGCCUUCCCCUGUAUGUUUAUUCAUUGCUAGUGUUAAUUUGUAUAAAUCUAAGCAGUGGCAAGGAAGUAACUGAAAUUUAGAGCCUGUCCUUUCUCUGCAGGAUGAUUAUACAAAACUGCACUCAACAUGUCCACUCACUUUCAGAAAUGAAUCAGUUUAUAUAUACAUAAUUAAGUUUUAGAAAUACCCUAAAUCACAUGAGUUAUCCUAGCUCAUUAUCAUGUAUAAAAUGAAGUUUAGAUGAAUGGACCAGUCAUUACGUGUCACAAAAUGUUUGAGGCAUUUAAAAAUACUUUUGAUUUAAAAAAGAAAUCUUUUGAUUAGUGAUAAUUAACUGGAUGCCUAAUGUCUCUGAAAUAUUUGUUACGGAUUAGUUCUAUUACCUUUAAAGCUGCUAUAUAAUUUACAAUAGUACAAGGACUGUAAUGACCGGAAAGAAAUGGACCAUGUAUCUACAAGGAUUUUUUUGUCUUUUUUAAUUCUGAAUCUUAUCCACUGAGCAAAGUAUGAAAUUUUUGUUCAAGGGCAUGGCGAUAUACACUUGAGAUUCAAUAAACUCUUCCAUGUUGGCACUUUUACAUUAUAGUAUUGAGACCAACCCUCCAAAGUGGGCUGGAUCCAGGCAGUUUAAUCUUCUUGGUAUCAGCUUUAUUUUAAAACCAAGUUUUUACUAAACCAUUCUUGUAAGCAUAUUUGAAGGGCUGAAUCCAACAUCAGUUUAAUAGAAAGUAUUAUUUAAAAAAAAUUCAUUAAAGUUCUUGACUGGAAAAGCCAUAGGCAAAUACAUAUUUAUUUUGGAAUGUGGUCAUGACAAAGUUAAGUUUUUAGUGAUUUUAAUACACGUUUUUAAUGUAACCUGCAUUUCUGAACUCCUUUAAGAGCUUCCAGUUCUGAUACAAAAGCCCUAUUUUCUGUUUUUAUUUUUUGAAAAUAUUUGCAUUUAAAUUAAAGCUAUUUAAAGAAUU